CUUUCCCCGAUCGCUUCGAUACGACAGCAAGGUAGGGUUCUUCGCUCGAUAUGAUUCCCCCGGUACCUGGUCUUGGUAGUAGCAUCAGUCUGUAUGAGUUGAGAGGAUGAAUUUCAUUCUCUUAGCUCAGAAGGAAAUGCUCUUAGUCCCACUUCCCGGUCGGAAAGCACAGGCAUUGAUUGAUAGAUCGAAUGCAAACUAAAACUCGAACUGGUGGAAGGGUUGACAUGUCCGCAGCUACUGCUAUCGAAUUCUCCCCUCUCCUUAGGAUAAGGUCUAGCCGAUGUGGGACUGAUCACUUUCCUGGAUUGGAUUCCUUGCUUCCAUCCCUGAAUGGAACUAGCACGGGAUGGUACUUGCUCAACUUCCCACCGUCAAAAGGCUCGUUGAGACGUGAAGUACAACCAGUAGACGAGAACGAGGGCUCAUCACCAUCCUUCCUUGCUCCAUCUUUAUCCCCCACGAUCUGUCCUCUCAGCACGGAAAAACUUUGCUAUUGGUCUGAGGACGUUGGUUCGAAGGUCGAAGAACUAAAGGAAGUAGACUGUAGCGGAAGUGACCUUACCUGGGUGUACUCAACCAGUCAAGCUGGGGAUAUGCCGACAAGAGAUGAAAUGGCAAAGAAACGAUUCUGCACUUUCACACUGAAGAAGCUUGCCGGGAUUGGAUCAAAGAAAGGUAGGUCGAGCUCUCACUCAGCUCUCAGGCUGUUCCCCACCAAACAGGGUUCCUCCGCAGCAAAGAUGGUAUGGUCGGUCGGCUUGCGCUCUUACUUGGAAGUGGUCUCAGUAGCGAAGUCAAUAAAGAGGGCACCUUGUGGGGAAUCAUUCGAUGUCGGAAUUAUGUUAUAUAAAGAUCCCACUACAGCCAUUCCAGACAUCAGCUUAGGCGCGAGUAACAGACCCCUAUGGGGAAAGAUUCCUAAAAAAAGUCUUUCGGUCGGCUUCGGUACCUAUUGAUGAGGAGAAGCCUCCAUUCUCAAGCUAUGCCGGUUCUAUUUCUAGAUCCUAGAAACAAGGGAUUCUUUCUCUUUGGUCUUCGGUUCAGAACAAGAAUCCAGUCCUGCAGGAGGUGCUUUCAGAGGAGACUUCUCCCGGAUCAGCAUCUGAGCUGAGUCAGUGUCAUACUAUUCAUGAUCAAUUCAACCGGGAAGAUACCUACAUAGUUAACCUUAAAUUAAAAAGGGCUAUAGGCGUUCGAUAUGCCCAAAGAACUUGAAUUUCUGAAAUCGUCCAAGUUCGCGUUUUCCCCGUAAUUUGAGAUGAAACCCGAAAUCCAUUCGGAGAAGUCAAUUUCAAUCUUUCCACUUUUCAUUUUCCCGGGAUUUUCGGCAGCAUCCCAGAUCCGCUAGGGCUUUCACCCAAUGGGUUUGGAUGUUGGUGGGGGAGCUGAUCUCUGUUCUGGAUGGUAGGUUCUUUCUUCGAAGUGCUACACACCACUGCCCGGGGCUUUCUCUCCCUGCUCUCAUUGCCCCAUAUUUGUAAAGUAAAGUGCCAUUCUUUAC